ACAAAGUAGAGACUACUAAGAAAGAGAGAAGUAAAAAGCAUGUUUGUAAAUUUGCCCAUUUGAGCUUCAUAUGAAGAGCUCUCUCUUUGUUCACCCAAAGAUUUUUCACCAUUCAAGAUGUGGGUUUGUAUGUUACUUUGCUUCCUUUUUAAACUUUCCCAAAUAUUAUAAUCGCAGAAAAUCUGGGAUUCAUUGUAUUUGAUUUCAUCCUUUUUGGGUUUCAAAAGGGUUGCUCCAUAGCAAAGGAAUGACUUGAAUAAUGCUGGUAUUGCUGUUUUGGGUGCCUCUUUUUGGGGGAGUGAAGGACUCAAAAGGUAUGUUAAGGCCUUGAUCCUUGAUGGGUUUUUGAAUUUUGUGUUGUGGGAUUCCUUUCACUUCCUUGUAUUUGUCAUUUCUGCAAUACCCUUUAACCUUUUUAAAACUUCUGGAUUGUUGGGUUUUAGGAAAUUGAUUGAUUCAUCACUUCUUUGAAUCAAUAAAUAAUUUGGACCCUUAAGACCCUUACUUCUUGGGUUCCUAGUCUUACAAAUGAUUGAUUUCUCACUCUCUUGUUAAUUAUUGCCUUUUUUGGUGAUUGGGUUUCUGAAAAUUUAAACCUUCUUCUAGAAAUGAGGGAUUCCAUAUCUUAUUGGUUGAGGCUAUGAUUGUUUUGACUUGUUGGAGUUGUUAACAUAUCAGUUUAUGCUGUAAGUUUGAUUUGGUGGAGGGUUACGGUGAUGUCUGGGUUUUUCGAAUCAAUGAGAGGUUUGGUUUUAAGAUUUACUGGGAUUUUAGUUGUUGUUGCUCUAGUGUUUUGCACUUCGGAGGGGUUGAAUUCGGAGGGGCUUUACCUCUUGGAGUUUAAGGGUGGCAUUCAGGAUAAAUUUAACAAUCUGGGAAAUUGGAAUUCCACUGAUCAGACACCCUGUGGAUGGAGUGGUGUGAAUUGCACAUCCGAUUAUGAUCCGGUGGUCUGGUCACUUGACUUAAACUCCAUGAAUCUUUUGGGGACCUUAAGCCCAAGUAUUGGUGGUCUGGUCUACCUAACUUAUCUUGAUGUUUCUUACAAUGGGUUUACGGGCAGUAUUCCCGGGGAGAUUGGGAACUGCUCAAGACUGGAGAUUCUUUAUUUGAACAAUAAUCAGUUCAAUGGACAAAUUCCUGCUGAAUUGGGUAAUCUGUCUUGUUUAAAAGAGUUGAAUUUGUGCAAUAACAAGAUCUCUGGCCCCAUUCCGGAGGAGCUUGGAAAGCUUUCUUCACUGGUUGAAUUGGUGGCUUUCACCAACAACCUCUCGGGUCCAUUGCCUCGUUCUCUUGGAAAUCUGAAGAGUUUGAGAAAAUUUCGAGCAGGGCAGACUGAGAUUUCUGGAAGCAUACCCUCGGAAAUAGGUGGUUGUGAGAGCUUGAAGUAUCUUGGUCUUGCCCAAAGUAAUUUAGAAGGGGAUAUACCCAAAGAGAUUGGUCUGCUUGGGAGCUUGACAGAUCUAAUUCUUAUGGAUAAUCAGCUGUCUGGUUUUGUCCCGAAGGAGCUCGGCAAUUGUACGAAUCUAGAGACCCUUGCUUUGUACCAGAACAGUCUUGUAGGAGAAAUUCCUGUGGAGAUUGGAAGCCUCAAGUUUCUGAAGAAUUUAUAUCUAUACAGGAAUAAACUGAAUGGAACAAUUCCAAAGGAGAUUGGGAAUCUUUCUUUAGCUACAGAGAUCGAUUUCUCAGAGAACUUAUUAACGGGAGAAAUUCCAACAGAGUUUAGCCAAAUAAAAGGUCUAGAAUUACUCUACCUUUUCGAUAACCAUCUGACAGGGGUUAUUCCAAUAGAGCUUACAGGCUUGAAAAACUUGACAAAACUUGACCUCUCAAUUAAUAACCUCACAGGCUCUAUACCAUUCGGAUUUCAGUAUCUACCCAAAAUGAUCCAAUUACAGCUUUUCAGCAAUUCUCUGAGUGGUCGUAUUCCUCAAGGGCUUGGAAUUUACAGUGAACUAUGGGUGGUUGAUUUUUCAGACAACCACCUAACAGGAAGAAUUCCUCCGUAUAUUUGUCGCCGUUCUAACUUGUUUUUGCUGAAUCUGGGGUCCAAUAAACUGUAUGGAUAUAUUCCUACUGGGAUCACAAGCUGCAAAACAAUGGUGCAGCUACGUCUCGAUGGAAAUAUGUUGACUGGGAGCUUUCCUUCAGAGUUGUGCCAAUUGGUGAACAUUUCAGCUGUUGAACUGGGCCAGAACAAUUUCAGCGGUCCUAUUCCUCAUGAGGUUGGGUAUUGCCAAAAGUUGCAAAGGCUUGAUCUCUCGAACAAUUUCUUUUCUUCUAAGUUGCCAAGGGAGAUUGGAAAUCUGUCACAGUUGGUCAGUUUUAACAUUUCAUCUAACAUGUUCACUGGAUGGAUUCCACUAGAAAUUCUUAACUGUAAGAUGCUUCAACGACUUGAUCUGAGCCGAAACAGUUUUGUAGAUGCUAUACCAAAUGAGCUUGGUGCCCUUUCACAUUUGGAGCGUCUCAUGCUUUCAGAAAAUAAGUUUUCUGGAAAUAUACCAGCUGUAUUGGGUAAUCUUUCUCAUCUGACGGAGUUGCAGAUGGGUGGCAACUCCUUUUCUGGUGAGAUACCAUCAGAGUUGGGUGCUCUCACAAGCUUGCAAAUUGCGAUGAAUCUUAGUUAUAACAAUCUCUCUGGCAGCAUUCCUCCACAGUUGGGAAAUCUUAUUUUACUUGAAUUCCUCCUGCUUAAUAACAAUCAUUUGAGCGGUGAAAUUCCGAGCUCAUUUGAAAAAUUGUCAAGUUUACAGGGGUGCAACUUCUCAUAUAAUAACCUUACUGGGCCUCUACCUUCCAUACCUUUGUUUCGGAAUUUGGCUGUCAGUAGUUUUAUUGGAAACAAAGGGCUUUGUGGCGGGCCUCUUGGGGAUUGUGGUGGACCUUCAUCUUCUAACUCAGUCCCACGUUCUGUGGAUGGUGUGGAUGCGCGUCGUAGUAAAAUCAUUAUUGCAGUUGCAUCUACUGUAGGUGGAGUUUCUCUUAUUCUAAUUGUAAUUAUUAUAUAUUUCAUGAGGCGUCCGGCUGAGGUGGUUGCUUCCUUGAAUGAUAAAGAGAUACCCUUUCCCGCUUCGGAUAUUUAUUUCCCUCCAAAGGAGGGGUUCACUUUCCAAGAUCUGGUUGAGGCGACAAACAAUUUUCAUGACAGUUAUGUUGUCGGAAGAGGUGCUGUUGGGACAGUUUACAAGGCUGUUAUGGAUUCUGGAGAAACAAUUGCUGUUAAGAAGCUUGCAUCUAACAGAGAGGGGAACAACAUUGAAAGCGGCUUUCAAGCUGAGAUUUCAACCCUGGGAAAGAUUAGGCAUUGCAACAUUGUGAAGCUAUAUGGUUUUUGCUAUUACCACGGUUCCAAUCUGCUUCUUUAUGAGUACAUGGCCAGGGGCAGCUUGGGUGAAUUGCUUCAUGGGUCAUCUUGUAGCUUGGAAUGGCCGGUACGCUUUAUGAUUGCUCUUGGGACUGCUCAUGGUCUUUCUUAUUUACAUCAUGACUGCAAGCCAAAGAUCAUUCACCGUGAUAUAAAGUCUAACAAUAUUCUACUUGAUGAUAACUUUGAAGCUCAUGUUGGUGAUUUUGGUUUGGCAAAGAUUAUUGACAUGCCUCAGUCAAAGUCAAUGUCUGCAGUCGCAGGAUCAUACGGAUACAUUGCCCCUGAAUAUGCAUACACGAUGAAGGUCACAGAAAAAUGUGACAUCUAUAGCUAUGGGGUGGUUCUGUUGGAGUUGCUAACGGGAAAAACUCCUGUACAGCCAGUAGAUCAAGGAGGAGAUCUUGUCACAGUUGUGAGGACUUAUGUUCGAGACCAUUCAUUGUCGUCAGGGAUACUUGACUGCCGAUUAAGUUCCAAGGACGAGAGAACAAUCAAUCACAUGAUUACCAUCUUAAAAAUUGCUUUAAUGUGCACGAGUAUGUCCCCUUCCGGCCGGCCAUCCAUGCGGGAAGUUGUGCUGAUGCUGAUCGAGUCUAAUGACCGAGAAGGGAACUUCAUUUCAUCUCCAGCUCAUGAUGAUCUCCCUUUGUGCGAUGAUGCCUCAUGAACGCAUUUGACAAUUCCCCAGGUUCAUUAACACACAUAAUUACUUAAUUGUAUUAUUUACCAUUUAAAUGAUAAAUAUCAUCAUAUACAUCCAUCUUUUCUUCUCAAAUAAGAUUUCAUCAGUCAUGUUCUAGUACAAAAUUGAUGUUACUCUCUCUUUCUCUCUCUCUCUCUCCCUCUUUUUUCAUCCUUUUGAAAUCAAUACAUAAUAGUAGGAAAAUAGAAUGUACCUGUUGCAACAGAACUUCAUUUGUAUCUUAACCUCUCAUGAAAUAUUA